UGCACCCUCCCUCUGCAGGCUAGAGGAAGCAACAGCUGUUGUCUUCCUCAGGAGGUGGUCCACCUGGCAUUGCUAGAAUUUUCACAACACUUACACCCCAACUUUAACAACACACACACACACACACACACACACACACGGACAGACAGACAGACAGACAGAUAGACAGAGGGCAGGGAAAAAGGCUGGGCUGGCAGCAAUGACUAGUAAUAGAGAAAUGAGGAGGCCAGAGUGAUUGUUUUUCUUCCUCCCAUCAUCUCCUGCUCUGCCUUCUUUCCUUCCUACCAUUAUCUGAUUUUCUCAUCUUUUUCUCCUCUUGUCAUGAGUGUGAUGAAUAUAAAGUGGCAAACUGGUCUUACCAAGUGUCAGUGGAAGCCGAUCCAGCAAGCUGAAUAGUUUAGGGCUAAUAAAGUCAAAUGCAAAUAACAGAGGCCAAGAUUUCAACCUGAAUUGUACAGACUGUAGGUUUCAAUUUUUCUGUGUAAACUUAAAGCUCCACUUUUUUUCCUUUUGGCCUGAGACAGGAGGGGCCUUGUUUAUCUCAUUUGCACCCAGUAGGCAGGCAGCCUUCUGGAAAGCCCAGAAUAGUUAGGGGCAAAGUAGGAUAAUUAAAUGACAGAAAAACGAAAUACAGUUCAAAUCAAGGCUUGGAAGCCUCCUGCUUUGGGAGAAUGAAAAUGGCAAAGGACUCUAAGCUAAGAAUUUUAAUGAGCUUAUAGCCUCCUGUCUCCUCCUCCCACCCUAGUCUGCAUUUCCAGAGGUAAGACUGGACUGAGCUGACAUGAAUUUGGUCCACGGCCUACUUUCAAACAUGGGUUCUGGGGCUGAGGAGAUGGCUCGGCGGGUAAAGGCAUCUGUCACCAAGCAUGACAACCUGAGUUCAGUGUGGUACCCACAUGGUGGAAUGACAGUACUGACUGCUUGGACUUGUCCUCUGUCACCUCAUAUUUCCUUCUCCUUCUCCCUCUGUUUCUGCUUCUCCCUCUCUGUUUCUCCCUCUCUCUCUCUCCCUCUCUUUCUGCUACUCCCUCUCUCCCAUUUCUCCAUCUCUCUCUCUGUUUCUGCCUCUUCCUCUCUCUCCCUCUCUUCCCACUCCCAUCUCUCAAUAAAUAACCAUAAAAAAUGUGGGGGGCUUGGGAUCAGGGACUGGUGAAGGGGCUGUCGGGGCCAUGUCUGGUCACAAAGGUGGCAAAAAGAAGCCCCUGAAACAGCCCAAGAAGCAAGCCAAGGAGAUAGAUGAGGAGGACAAGGCUUUCAAACAGAAGCAGAAAGAGGAGCAGAAGAAACUCGAGGAGCUGAAAGCCAAGGCUGUGGGGAAGGGGCCCCUGGCCACAGGUGGAAUUAAGAAAUCUGGCAAAAAGUAAGCUAUUCCUCGUGUCUGAGGUGAUGAUGGUGACCCUCUUCCAUUCCUAUUAAAACAUCUGGAUCCCCUGCUAUAACAUCUUUGCCACCUACAGCUAGAAUGAAGUGUUAUCCUGGAGCCUAUUGUACAUUGUAAUAAACUUUUGUAGUAAAACAAAUACAAUGAAUGGCUCAUUGUCUCUAGUGUUCAGCAAUUCCUACCUCAGCUCUGAAUGGAAAGAAAACCCAGGCCAGAGCCUGCUGUUUCAUCUUUGUUGUACUUGGAAUUCU